GCUGACAGUUCGCAGGCGCAUUUCCCGGUGCAUUCUCUCAUUUCAGGCCCGAGCGAAGAGCGUCGCGUUGUCGCGCCAUUCCUUCCCCGUAAUCCAUCGACGAUAGGUACCAUUCCUUUUCGCUCCACAUAUAUUUUCUCGUCCUUCUUCUUCGUUGUUACUAGCGAGUAUUCGUGCGUUGUCGCUGCGAAAGCGGCGAUUAAACAAGUUCCUCGGGACGGCUUUGUUAAUAUCCUCCUUGUCUGUCUUUCUUUCUUCUUUCUCUGUCCGGCGUAUAAAUACUUCCUAUACGCUGACUCCACAUUCCAACGCUAAGCACUAUUCCUCGUUUCUUCUCUCCCCACUCUUCUCCAGGCUUAUUCAACUCCCGGCAUCCGUUGAUUCCCCUUCCGUCCGCUGACCGAUAAACGUACCACUGUCACGGUCGAAGAAAGAAGAGGUCGGAAUUCGAAGUAUACCAGCUGUUUCGCGCGUCGUACGUUUUCUUCUUGCACACGAUCUUCUUUCCCCACGCCUUCUGUGAUUACGGUCGGCACAGAGUACGUCGAUCAUGUCACUGAUCGCCAACUGUUUUCGACGGCUCACCGAGACACCGAUUAAGAACGAGUUCAAAGGCUACAAGGUCACCGAUGUAAACCGCGUGCGAAAAAUCGGUGUUGCCUGCAGGAGCCUUCAUGAGCUGAAGCGGAAAGCGUGCGCAAAACUGAACAUAACGAACGAUCCUGACGAAAUUAACAUCUACCUACUUGAUGGUUCGUUGAUUGACGAGGAAGAAUAUUUUUCCACGUUGAAACCUCAGACGACGUUGAUCCUUCAGAAGCCGGGCGAAAAAGUGUUAACCGAUGCGGAUCUUCUGUAUGACAUCUUAAGACGUGUUAACAUCGACUUUCUAAUUGCCGGCGAGAAAGCGUCUGAGUUCCUCACGGAAAACUUUAAAGCGAAAGUAGCCGUCCUAUAUAACGCACUGAACAAGGACGAUUCGAAAACAGCGUUCAGUAGCAGGGACGAACAUCCGGAGUGGUUUCAUGGAUUGGAGACUAACUGUACGAGUAAAGAAGCGUACUUGCAUCGUAGAUGUCAAGAUAGAAUACGAGGCUAUCUCUAUAAAACGAUCGAUCAGAUCAAAUCAUCGGACGCAUUUACGAAGGAUCCCCGAGCCAGAAAGCAACUGUUGUACGCCAUAGCGUUCUUUAAGAUGCAACUGAAAGAGGACCACUAUUUCGGCUACUAUUUCGAUAGGAGUCGAGCAAAGUCCGAAGCGUUGGAGGGUGCAGACGAGCUUGAUUCGUCAUCCUGUUACGAUCAUUGUCCCUGUAGAUUGAAAUGGUUGGACGAUAGUACGUACUUCAGAUUGUUUGGAGCGAUGGAACAGUUCGAUGAUACCGAUGGUGUAAAAAAGAGGAACGAAAGAAGCUCGGACACAAAGACUGAAGAGGAAGAGGCAGAGGAGAGUUGUCCUUACAAGAUUAGAAGGAAAGCGAAGAAAGCGUGUAUCGCGUUGUGCGAUCACACGGGCGAAUUUAGGUGUUACGGUAUGUGGAACGAGGAUAAAUGUUCUUACCCGGAUAAGCACAAGAUCAAUCCUUAUAGAUCGAAGGAAGAACUUGUUUUAUUCUCUACAUGGAAUUUUGAUCACAAGAUCGAGAAGUCCAGGUCUAUAAUCCCAUCGCUCCUGAAAUUAGCGUCCCAGGGUAAUACCAACGAGUCAGACCUCAUUGAAAUUUAUGACAAUCUGUUUACGAUGAAGAACUUGAGGCUGGUCCACAUUGUAUGCCACGAUAAAAGCUCGCACAAAUAAUUAGUUGUUAUCAUGUGGGAAAACUAUAGGAGAUUUCAGCGACACGGGAAAUCGCUAUCAAAGAUACGUAACACGUAGAAAUAACCUCUGAAUGUAAAUGUAACUCUUCGUAUGAAAAGCAUACUUAAUUGUAAAUUGCUGUUGAUAGAUGAUUUAAAAUUUCAAAGUUUAUCAUUUGUUAUAUACGAUUUCCAUUCCGUUGCGCCACGAAGCAACAAAGCAAUAUUGAUCACGAGAUCGAGAAAUCUUUCCUUUCUAUGGUAGACUAACAUACUUUACUAUAUUACAAUUUUCUAUUAUCUACCAUGAAACACCAUGCACAACAGAAUUUGUUUGAUAGAAACACUGUCGAAAAAUACCGAGAUAAGAAUCUCUACUUUGCAACGACGAAUAAAUAUGUAUGUAUGUAUAUCUUGCGCACAAUUUCUGUCUCAAUCGGUAAAGUAGAAACCGAGCACGUCGAUAAUUUAAAUACAAAGUCCCGGAGAGUAACAGAUCGA